CAAUUCCCCAGCGUGAAUGGGGCGCCUGCAGUGGGGAACUGGGGAUUAGGGGCACCCAGUCGAGCCAGUUAAGUACCUUGCAUACCUUGUGUCUCGAUCAUACAAGAAGCAGGUGAGGUCGACUCGAGUCCGUCCACCUACGCUCUGUCAAUUCAAGUUCCCCCACCUCCCGCCGAAACACCCAGAGCCCGAAAGCCACGAUGGCCUCAGAGAAGAAGCCCUGGCUGGGCUCGGUGCUGGUAAUUGGUGGCUGCGGGUUUCUGGGCCACCAUGUUGUGCGCGUGCUGCUUCGCGACUACACUUGCUCCGUGUCCGUGGUCGAUCUACGCUGCACGCGCAACCGGAGGCCCGAUUCGGACGGCGUGACAUACUAUGAGGCCGACAUCACCGACGGCCCCAAGCUCGAGGACAUCUUCGCGAAAGCGCGGCCCGACGUGGUCAUCCACACCGCUUCCCCCCCGGCGCAGUCCAACGACAGGGUCUCGCAUGCCCUGUUCAAAAAGGUCAACGUGGACGGGACGGCGGCCGUGGUCAAGGCGUGUCAGGCAACAGCCGUCAAGGCGCUGGUCUACACCAGCUCGGCAAGCGUCGUGAGCGACAACCGGAACGAUCUGAUCAAUGCCGACGAACGCUGGCCGGUUGUCCGAGGCAAGGACCAGAGCGAGUACUACUCGGAGACAAAGGCUGCCGCCGAAGAACUCGUCCUUGCCGCCAACCGCGCUUCUGAAGCGCCCAAGCUCCUGACAUGCGCCAUCCGGCCAUCGGGCAUCAUGGGAGAGGGCGACACAAUGGUGCUGCACCACAUGAUCAACGUCUACCGGCAGGGCCGGACGGGCGUGCAGGUCGGGGACAACGACAACCUGUUCGACUUCACCUACGUCGAGAACGUGGCCCACGGACACUUGCUCGCAGCCCGUGCCCUGCUCGCCACGGCCGCGUCAAGCACAGUACCCCUCGACCACGAGCGGGUGGACGGCGAGGCCUUCUUCAUCACCAACGACAGCCCCGUCUAUUUCUGGGACUUUUGCCGCGCCGUCUGGGCCGCCGCCGGCUCGCCGCUCGGUCUCGACCACGUCAGGAUUCUCCCGCGCAGCGUCGGCAUGGUGCUGGGCUACCUCAGCGAGGUCUUCUUUUGGGCCAUCGGCAAGCCGCCGACUUUUAACCGCCAGCGCAUCGUGUACAGUUGCAUGACGCGCUACUACGAUAUCUCCAAGGCCAAGAAGCGGCUGGGCUACAAGCCGUUGGUGAGCCUGGAUGAGGGUGUGAGGAGGUCAGUCAAGUGGACUCUGGAGCAAGAGCAAAAGCAGAAGUGAUGGAGAUCCACAAUUCUGAGCUAGCUCUGGUAUCCUAUUCGAGAGGUUGUGCGCCCGGAACCUCGAGCAGGAUUUAGCAUAGGACUCAUAAGGAGCUACGAGAGGGUCUGUUGUUUUUUGAUACCUAAUGCUUCUAGCUUCAUGUCUAAUAUAUAAUGACCGAACGCCAUCCAUUCAGAUGUGU